AUGACAACCGGCGUUUACAGAAAAGUCGGAAUAUAAACCUGACUGCUUACAGCUAAAGUUUUCUCCUAAAGACAAUUUCAAACUUGAAAAUUUCAACUUUAGAGUAAUUGUUGAUGCGCUCCAUCGGAUUUGGGUGAGUUAAUUUUCAGAUUGAAAUGCAGUCGACCUACAAAAGUGUUUCGGGGACGGAGAGCGGUGACGAGAGGCCACAGCGGCUCGGUGUUCAGCAGUGGCCUGAUGGAUCCAGGUACGAGGGAGAAUUUGUAAACGGACUCAAACACGGAAAAGGAAGGUACACCUGGAAAAGUGGGGAGUUCUACGAUGGCUUUUUCUACAAAGACUACAGGCAUGGGGCGGGAGUGCACAGCUGGCCCCAAGGCCACAAGUUCACCGGCAAGUACUACCUCAACCGAAAGGAAGGGUAUGGACAUCAAGAGUUCUCUGACGGGGCCACCUUUCAGGGUUUGUACCAUAUGGAACAGAGGUUUGGUCCAGGUGUGUUAAGUCAUCCAGAUGGGCGUGAGGAUGUGGGUGUGUGGCUUGGAGAGUGCCUGCUAAGGUUCUGCAGCUCUGUACAAGAGGGCUUUAGCCUAAAGAACUUUCCAGAAUAUGCUGCCUACGUCGACCUGGCUGCCAUUACAUUUUCCCUGACUCAGCCUCCCACUGGUGUUCUACAGCCAGCAGCGAGGGCAGACUCAGGGGUGGAAACAGACUAUAAUAUGCUGUCCGAUGAUUUGAUCCUUCCCCUUGGGAUAGAGAGGUAUUCAACAGAUGGGGAUCACUUGCCGCUGCCCCCUGGACGAAGGAAAGAGCUGGAUCAGCACUUCUAUGGCGAGCUGUGGGAGCCCGACGCUUACGCAAGAGGCUUUGAGCGAGACCCGAUCGCCAUCCUGCCCUUACAGCCCCGCAUGCUAGCAAACGUGCACAAACACAGAUUGCAAGCUGCAAACGUGGGCUGGGACGUGGCAGCUGUUCUCGCUAUGAACAGGGAUGGUUUUGGUCGUAAAGGACCUUUGGAAGUCAGUUCAGAGUUGUUAAUCCAGUACGCAUCCAGAGGGGAACGGAAGGCAGUGUCACGGAUCCUCCGGACCAGCUCGGUCCACCGUGAUGUAGCGGAUUCUCAGGGACACACCGCACUGAUCGCUGCCACAGUAAACUGCCACGAUGAUGUGAUCCAUCUUUUGUUAGAUAUGGGUUCCGACAUUGACAAGUUGAAUUGUGAAGGCAUGUCUGCCCUGGCUGUGUGUCACGUCCUCUACUACCCUUUUCACUCUCUCUACACCACAUUAACUGAGAUACUCUCCAACACUCAAGGCUUAACAUCUCCAGCUGCAUGUGAGAGCAGUCCUCAGAUCAGGACAGCAGAGCACAUCCGGGUAGAUGGUCUGGGAGAUACAGCGUCAAAAGAAGAGAAUGUUGAGGUGAGGGAGGAAGAUGCAGAGAGGAGAGAUUUGAAUGGUCACGGGGAGGAUAUAAAGGAGAGAGAAGAGCGAGGAGGCGAGGGUGCGCCUGGUGUGCAGCGCUUCAUUCAGGUGAUGGAUGGUCACAUUGCACUUGGCAGCAUACAGUGGAAGGAAUGUCGGACUGAGGCAGCAGAAAGAGCUCAGGGCACAGACAAAGAACUAAACCCCCAAACCUCCUUUGACUCGGCCUGCUCCGUGAGAAGCUACAACAUCGAGGUCACAGAGAAAAUGAUGCAACUCUCAGCAGAGGCACUGAGUCGCACAGGCUUCGCUCAGCGCGCUGACUCCCAGGAGACUGUACGCAAAAUGGCUGCCAUGAAAAUGGAACACCGGGCUCGUUUGAACACCCUGAAGCUGUUAUUGGAUCGGGGCGCCGACCCCAACGCGUCCAGGGUCCCCAUGCCGGUUCUCUUUUUAGCCAUCAUGGCGGCUGACGCCGAGGUCGUCCGGAGGCUGCUGCUGUGUGAAGCUCGCACUGACAUCCCCCUUCCUCGUGAGAGGAGGGGUCUUUAUCCCCUUCAUGUAGCUGCAGCCCUUCCAGGUCCAGCAGGUCCCACAAUCACAGAGUUACUGCUCCACGCUGCUGCUGACCCAGACGCACGUGCGUGCGACCACAAUGAGAUCUGUGAACUAGAUACGGACAAGGAAUCAUUGAGCCCCAAGGAAAACCCAGAUCUGAAAGAAGGGGGCCGAACGGCCCUGCACAUGGCCUGCCAGAGAGGUCGUGAGUAUCAGGACGCCAGCAAGGUUGUAGCCCUCCUGCUCUCCCACAGAGCCAGCACAGACCUUCUCUGGAGUGGACACUCACCUCUGUCCCUGGCUAUAGCAAGUGGCAAUGACCUGGCAGUGGAGGAGCUGUUGAACAGAGGUGCAGAUCCCAACCUCCCCCUGGGCCGCAGUGUGGGCAGCGCCCUCUGUGCCAUCUCCAAUUUCGGCUAUCGCUCAUGUGGCAACAGAGCUAAGCUGUUGGGCAUGUUAGUUAAGGCUGGUGCCGACAUCUUGAUGCCUGUCAAGGUGGGCGAUGUUGUGGGAACCGCAGUCGACUACGCACACUACUCCUUCAACCAGGACUCUCGUAUUGCGAACACUCCCUUUCACGCUCUGAAAACACGGCAGAGGGAAACAUUCAAAGAACGACGCCAGCUGCUGAGCAUGAUGGGAGAUCUGCUGAGACAGGUCGCUGGCCAGAGAGAAAGAGAUCAAUGCCGCAUCUUGAAUAGAACAGGUAGCAGUACCAGUGAAAGUCCAUCACCCACAACCGACAAGCAGAGGAAACCAGUGUUUAAGUUCUGCUAUGAAUGCGGUCGCUCGGUGUUCGUAAAGAUGACAGCAUGCAGCCGCUGCCACAAGAUCUUCUACUGUUCCAAGACAUGCAAAAUCAAAGCAUGGGAUGAAAGACACAAAGAAGAGUGUAUCCGGGUGACAGCAUCUCCUGAUGGAAUUCAGAAAAGAGCUGUGUUCAAAUCCACGAGAGGCCCCGAGCCCCUGAGAGCCCCCAAGACUCUAGAAGAGAAGGCCUUGGAGAGACAAAAUGGCCAGCAUGAAAACUACAGCUACAGCUGAUCAAUCAGAACAUUUCACAUUGUUAGAAUUUAGUUUUUUUAACCUCAUUCUUUAAGUCUAACCUUUACAUAUUUGCCAUGGUAAUGAGGGUAAUGUGUUGUGCCAUAAUUAUGUAUUACUAUUAUAAUUCUAGUUUCACCUGUGAAAUCUGUUAUAGUUUUACAAUGAUGUUUGUCCCUUAAACUGAACACUGAAUGUACAUACAUACAUAUUGUAAAUGAACUUUUGGUUUAUUUCUAUUAAAGAUUAAGCAUGAUUAACCAAGUAAUCAUUAUGUGUCACACACAGUCCUAAAUUGAAUGGUUAAAACAAAGAGGUCAUAGGACGAGAAUAUCUAAAUGUUGCUCGGAGGCUGUGUCCCAAAGACAACAACUUCAGUUUUAUUGCCAUCAGAUUUGUUAUUUGAACAUAGUCAGCCUUAAGUUAUCACUGUUUGUGUUAAUUAUAGUUCUACCUCAAAGCCAGAGUUUAGGGAAGAUUAUCCUUGGAUGCCCCACAGAACUAGGUCAUUUGCAAGAGAAAAACAAUUUAAACAUUCAUUUCUUUUUUUUUUUUUAAGGAAAGGUAUCUCUAGUUACUCGGCCAGAGAAAGAUGUCCAAAGAAGCUGUCCACAGACCCCUAGCCGGAUGCAUCAGGAGCUGCAGACUGGUACCAAGAAGAGGUGGGCUCACUAACACCAGUGUUACUUAAAUGCCUGAUUGAUGUUACAAGAAGGGAGUUAGCACUUGUUUCAUCUUUCAUCUAAUUGUAAGGUAAAAUACAGUGAAAAACAACCUGGACUCCUUAGUUAUUGUCCUUUGCAGGGCUGGACUGGGACAAAAAAAGGGCCCUGGCAUUUUUGCUCAGACCGGACCACCACAAUCGGUCACCUCGGCAACAGGCAACAACGACAGGGGGAAAUAAACAACUUUAUGUCGAAGUUUAUAAAUACUACUUUAUUUAAGUAACGUAAUGUCAUUUUAUGACUGAAGUUAGUUGUUUAAGCAACUUUUGUUGUUACAAUCUGCUCCGUGGAUGGAGAUGUGAGGUGUAGUUAACGGACCGUCAGACCCUCCAGCACCGGGCGGUCAGCUCAUCUCAGCCCGCACAGAGGAGCCUGCUUUCGGCGAGUCUUCUGUGAAAUGCUCCGCCGGUUUUCACUCCGUCUCCGUAGCGGUUAUACAUGAGAUUUAACUGUACUUUAACGAGUCAUCAUACAUUUUAAUGUGGCGUCAGAGACUGAUGUUGUUCACCGGUUACGUCUGUUUGAGGACAGAGUUUAGAUUCAUAACUUCAUGUUUAAAUGUAACUUUAACGUAUUGUCUGUAUCCGCAGAGUGCAGCUUGUUUAUUGUCCAUCAUUGUUGUGGCCCAGCCACACACACUGUCCUCAUGCACCCGCCCUGAUUAACACUCCCUCCCUGUUCAUGGAGCUACCUGCUUGCUUACCGUUUCAAUGACACUCUCCUGCUCACUCUGCCCCUCCUGGACUUCACUGUGAGACUCAGACACCUGCUGCACCUUCUCCUCUGCUGCCUGCGAGCCGCAACCACCGCUAUCGCUGUGGCUAGUCACCUCUCCUCCUCCAUGUGCUGUGUGCACCUGCUGUUUCUGCAACAUGUCGUCAGGUUCUGUAGUAGUUUUGGAAACUGAAGCUACGGCACUAAACAUGUCGGUUAUUUUUUGAACAUGUUGAAGCAUCAACCUCUAGAUUAUUUUUGGCCCGCAAUUUCUCUGCACCCCCCUUGCUCUUACGUUUUUGUUUCUCCAUCCUAAUGCGGCAAGCCCGGCCACCAGACGCUCACUGUCAGGCCCUCCAUCUGGGCCUGGCGCCCCAAGUUUUUUUUAUGUAUAUAUAUAUAUUUUAUAUAUAUCUUAUUGUGGGAGAACCGAAGU